GUAUUAAUAAAGAAGCCCUAUUCGCCAUUCGCAGAGUAAACAAUUUCUAGAGAGGAUGGAAGAUAACAAAAUUUUGGGAGGAGACCUUCACAAAAAUAUGAAGGAGAUGUUGGAAGGCAAACGCAGAAAGAUGGGAGAUUUGCAGCCAUUCGCGAGUAGGAUGGGAGACUUUAACAAAAAUUGGGUGAGGUUCGAAAAUAACAGAAAGUUGGAGAUGUUGGAAGGCAAACGCAGAAAGAUGGGAGAUAUGCAGCGCCUAGCGUGCCAACGACUCAUGUGUGAUCAGUACUCUCGUCUUGGCCAUUGCAAAAGAGGUGACCGAUGUCCAUUCCUUCAUGGCAAGCCAAUGAAGCCCUUGUAUCGGAAUAUUUCAGACAAUCCAGAACUAGUUGCGUUCAUGAUGAAAAACGGUAACAUGCCUGCAUGUCCACCAGAGGAUCCCACCGUGAAGAUGCUUUACGUCAAGCGACUGAGCAGGACGACACUCGUUGAGGAGGACCUGCGAGACUGUCUCAGCGCUUAUGGAGAUAUCGAAUCUAUCAGAAUGGUGCAAGAGUAUAAUGGCGCUGCGUUUAUCACAUAUGGAACCCGAGAGGCAGCAGAGAAAUGCAUGGAAGAUCUCAAAACUUGGGUUGAGAUCAAGGGUCACAAGCUGAAAAUUUUGUGGGUUUACAAGUACCAGCCUCAUCGAUACACUACCAUUUCCUCCAACCAACAGGGUGCUGUCACUUCAACUCAAGAGGGAGCUUCGUCUUCAUCUUCUGCUCUCAAGGUGAAUGAGACAUUUUGAUCUCAAACCCUACCUUUUGUGCUACUGUUUUUAUUGUUCGAAAAACAUGUUUGAAU